UUCCGGGAAAAGUUUCAUCUUCUUCCAAACAGUCAAUGUUUGUAAUUUUCUUGGUCCUCACCAAACCGUGUGUGUGUUGAAUGAGAACUUGAAGAUUGGGUUUUUUGGUAGUGGGUCUUUCGGGGAAAUUUCCUGGACAAGCAUUGACUUUUGAUUGACUCAUCCAAGUCUUCUCUCCUACAACCAGUCUUCAAGUCUGCUUCUUCUCACUUUGCACGUCAAUUAUGUGCUGCUUCUGAGGCGAAGAUCGAGGAAGAAAGAGAAGCAGCUUGCAGAUUUAUAGUUUCAGCUUCCCACACGUUAACAGCGUCUGGUUUACACAGUUCAAGUAGAAAGGGUUCAGUAUAGACAUUCAAUAAUGGUAGGGUUGGAACUCAUACCAGUGGGUACAAUUCUGGCUGUGCUAACCAAUCAGAUUAUAAAAACAGCUAAUGCAGCAGUUGAAGUUCUUGUUGAAAAAGAAACUUUUAAGGUUCUUUCACGACACUUGUACGAUAUUGAACCAGUUCUAAAGGAACUACAGCUUCAAGAAUUGAAUGAGUCCCAAGCUGCAAGACAUGCUCUGGAGUCUCUUGAAGAAGAUGUGAAGAGGGCAAAUAAAGUAGUUGAGAAGUAUAGGAACCGUGGUCGUUUUUACUUGCUGUUUAAGUGCAGGCACAUAGUUCAUGAAGUUGAAGAAGUCACAAGAAACAUUGGAAAGUCCCUGGCUGUACUAUCACUUGCAAAUACUGAAGUCUUAUCACGAAUUUCUGAUCAGGUUGAUAGAUUACAAAAUGAGAUGCAAAGGGUGGAGUUCGAGGCACCACAUUCUCGGCUUCAAAUAGUGGAGAGGUUAGACCAGGGCCUUAGGGAGCAGAAAUUAGAUCAGGCUUUUGCAAAUGACAUGCUUGAAGCAAUUGCAAGGGCAGUUGGCGUGCCGGUAGAUCCAUCGGUGAUAAGCAAAGAGCUGGCCAGCAUUAGGAAAGAAAAAGAAGAAGCUGCAGACAGGAAAGAAAGAGCUGAAGUCUUCUUCUUGGAGCAGGUCAUUGAAUUACUAUCCCGAGCUGAUGCUGCAAGAGAUUAUGAAGAAGUUAAGAAACAAUACUAUGAAAGACUUCAGGUGAUAGAAAGAUACAAUUCAAGGGAAAAAUAUAUACAGCCGCUUAAUUCUUUCGUUUGUUGUAUAACUGGGACUGUUAUGGUAGAUCCAGUAAGCCUUUGCACUGGUACUACUUGUGAGAGAUAUGCCAUUGAGGCUUGGUUUGACAGUGGCAUGAGGACUGACCCAGAAACUAAAGAAGUACUUGAAGAGACUAAGUUAAGAUCUAAUGUUCCUCUUAGACAAUCCAUAGAGGAGUGGAGAGAACUUAAUUACUGCCUUACAAUCAGGUCUAUCAGGGAAGACCUUUUAUCAAAUUCUAACUUAUAUGUGAUAGAACCCUUGAGGCAAGUGCGGGAUCUCAUAAGUGACAAUUCUAUAAACAAGGAUUGGAUCUCUAUAGGAGGGCUCACCGACAUUAUUAUCUCUAUCCUUGGGAGCACUGAUAAUGGAGAAGUGAAGGUCAACAUAUUGAGUACAUUGAAUGAUGCAGUAGAAGGGCACAUGAGAAACAAGGAAAAAGUAUCAGAAUCUCAAGGAUGGGAUCACAUUAUUUGUUGCUUGGGCAGCAACUCUAGAAUUUCAAAAGCUGCAAUUAACUUGCUGUAUACGUUACUGCAAGAUCGAACUGGUUGGAAUGUGUGUCUCUGUAGAAAACUCUCUCAACAUCACAGCGCAAUUUCUUUCCUUGUUAACCUUCGAAAGGGUCCUGAUGAGGAGUCAGCUGAGAUUGCAGAAAAGAUUUUGAUGGAGCUUUUCGACAUAGAUGAGGUCAACAUUUCUAAUGCUGCCAAGUUUGGCUGGUAUAAACCUCUUGUCGAUCGUAUGGUUCAAGGAGUAGAAUCUUCAAGAAUAUCAAUGGCAAAAACCAUUGUGAAUAUGGAGCUGAGUGAUUCAAAUUUGAACCUCCUUGGUGAAGAAGGAGUUAUACCUUCUUUGCUUGAAAUGCUGUCUGGCAAUAUUGAAUCAAAAGAAGUCUCAUUAUCUGCACUGGUCAAACUAUCAGGUUCUCGUGCUAAUAAAAGGGUUAUAGCUGCAAUGGGGGGAGUUCCUAUUAUUCUAGAACAAAUGUUCCCUCCUUCUAUGAGAACUCUCAUUACCAUCAGAUGCUCUGAAAUCUUGGAGAAGCUUUCUGCUGAUGAUGAUGGAAUUGAUUUCUUUGUUGACAGAGAAGGGAAACAACUUGAGUUAGAUUCCAUUAUCACCAAAUUACUUUCUCUUCAGCAGAGUCCCACCUUAGCCCACAAUAUCCGCAAGCCCUCUUUGCGUGCACUUCUUGGAAUUUGCAAGUUUGAGACUGGUUUAGUCAAGAAGGCUGUUCUGGCUGCCAGUGGUGUAUCUCUAAUCCUUCCUCUUCUUGAUGACUCUGAUUCAGAAAUCAGACAGACUGCCAUAAAUCUGCUCUUUCUUUUCUCCCAACAUGAGCCAGAUGGGGUGGUUGAAUACCUCUUCAGGCCAAGGAGGCUGGAGGCUUUGGUGGGAUUUCUAGAGACUGAUGACAAUGAUGUGCAGAUGGCUGCUGCUGGUUUGCUAGCAAACCUACCAAAAUCUGAAAAAGAGCUUACUACAAAGCUGAUUGAAUUGGGUGGACUUGAUGCAAUCAUAUGCAUUUUGAAAACGGGAACAAUGGAAGCAAAAGAAAAUGCUCUCAGUGCACUCUUCAGGUUCACAGAUCCCACAAACAUUGAGUCACAGCGCGAUUUGGUUAAGCGUGGAAUAUAUCCUUUGCUUGUGAAUUUUCUCAACACUGGUUCAAUAACAGCAAAGGCUAGAGCAGCAGCCUUCAUAGGAGAUCUUUCUAUGAGCACCCCAAUGCUCACACUUUCAGCCAAAUCAACGGGCUGCUGGUGUUUUAGAUCAUCAAGAGUUCCAUUAUGCCCAGCACAUGGUAGUGUAUGCAAUGUGAACAACACGUUUUGUCUCUUGCAAGCACAAGCUUUGCCUGGUUUGGUAAAACUCUUACGUGGGGAGGUUGAUGUCACUGCUUAUGAAGCAAUACAGACACUUUCAACAUUGGUUUUGGAAGAUUGUCCUCAAAGGGGAGCUCGUGUUUUGCACGAAUCAAAUGCCAUAAUACCCCUUCUGGAUAUUCUGACAUGGGGGUCUGAUUCUCUCAAGUCUGAGGCUCUAGGACUCUUGGAGAAGGUCUUUGUAUCAAAGGAAAUUGUGGAAUUCCACGGCGUAACAGCUAGAUCACGUUUGGUUGGUUUAACAGGGAUGAAUAUAUAUGGGGAUGGCCAUCUCAGAAGAAAAGCUGCCAAGGUAUUGUCAUUGAUUGAACGGUAUUCAAGGUCAUCAUCUGCUGCUGUUUCAGGAGUUCUGGAGUGAAAUUUUAGGCCUUAAACAAAUGUGGCUUCAUCCUAUUACGUGCAUGCUUUGUUAAUUCAUUUUGUAAUUGUUAAUAAACAUAGUUAUAUACUUCUUGUUCAGCUUCUUUAUAUCUUGAAUGUUGAUCAAAUGGCAGAACAACUCUACAGUAUAAGUUCCGGAAUCUAUUCUGAGUUGAUUGUGACAUCCCUAUAUGUUGUCACUGUAAAGGAUCAUCAACAAGGCAUUCUAGUGUGUCAUAGAUUCUUAUCUAAGACUUAAUCAUUUGAUGAUACCAUGUUUAGUAAAUAAUCCUCUUGGAAAUUUUGAUUUAGAAUUAUGAGUUCAAUA